CUCUCCAAAGAAUUUCCAUUAAACUUCAGAAAUGAUCCUGAACUUUCACACUCAAAAUUUGAGUCCAGCAGACCGAGAUCAGAGUCUCCUGUACCCAGCUGUCUGUCUAUGAGUAGUGACCUCUCCAAAGAAUUUCCAUUAAACUUCAGAAAUGAUCCUGAACUUUCACACUCAAAAUUUGAGUCCAGCAGACAGAGAUCAGAGUCUCCUGUACCCAGCUGUCUGUCUAUGAGUAGUGACCUCUCCAAAGAAUUUCCAUUAAACUUCAGAAAUGAUCCUGAACUUUCACACUCAAAAUUUGAGUCCAGCAGACAGAGAUCAGAGUCUCCUGUACCCAGCUGUCUGUCUAUGAGUAGUGACCUCUCCAAAGAAUUUCCAUUAAACUUCAGAAAUGAUCCUGAACUUUCACACUCAAAAUUUGAGUCCAGCAGACAGAGAUCAGAGUCUCCUGUACCCAGCUGUCUGUCUAUGAGUAGUGACCUCUCCAAAGAAUUUCCAUUAAACUUCAGAAAUGAUCCUGAACUUUCACACUCAAAAUUUGAGUCCAGCAGACCGACAUCAGAGUCUCCUGUACCCAGCUGUCUGUCUAUGAGUAGUGACCUCUCCAAAGAAUUUCCAUUAAACUUCAGAAAUGAUCCUGAACUUUCACACUCAAAACAGAGGAAGAGGAGUCGUAUUAUGGAGGAGCAGCCAUCCUGCUGUGCUGUGUGUCUGGGCGUCCUGAUUGAUCCAGUCUUUACCAGCUGUAGACACUGGUUUUGCAGACAGUGCAUUACCUUCUGCUGGACCCAGUCUGGUCCAACAGGAGUCUACUGUCCACAAUGUGGAACCAGAAUAGGACCUGGACUGCAGAUACUCAGCCAGACCAGCACUGAACAAUCAAAAACUGGUCUGCUGGAGGUUUUGGAUGAACAUAAAGUCAAUCUGAGGAGUAGAUGUGAACGUGUGACUGAAGGAAGUGAUGAAGCAGGAAUUAGAACCCUCCUCAACAAGAUCUACACUGAGCUCUACAUCACAGAGGGGCAGAGUGAAGAGGUGAACAUGCAACAUGAGGUGAGACAGCUUGAGAAAGCUUGCCAGUUGAAGACCCUCCAUGACACACCGAUCAAGUGCCAGGACAUCUUUAAAGCCUUCCCUGACCAACAGAAACACAUCAGAGUGGUUCUGACAAACGGCGUCGCUGGUGUUGGAAAAACUUUCUCAGUGCAGAAGUUCACUCUGGACUGGGCAGAGGGCUCAGGAAACCAAGACGUCAGUCUGGUGAUUCUGCUUUCAUUCAGGGAGCUGAACUUGAUCAGAAAUGAGCGUUGCAGUCUUCUUCAGCUGCUCCAUGUUUUCCAUCCAACAUUACAGAAGGUCACAGCAGAGACGCUCGCUCUCUGUAAACUGUUGUUCAUCUUUGACGGCCUGGAUGAAAGCAGACUUUAUUUCGAUUUCCAAAACAGUGAGGUUGUUUCUGAUGUCACUCAGAAGUCAUCAUUAAAUACACUGUUAACAAACCUCAUCAAAGGGAAUCUGCUUCCCUCAGCUCUCAUCUGGAUAACCUCUCGACCUGCAGCAGCCAAUCAGAUCCCUCCUUCAUGUGUUGACAGGCUAACAGAAGUACGAGGCUUCACUGACGCCCAGAAGGAGGAGUACUUCAGGAGGAGGUUCAGUGAUGAGAAUCUGUCCAGCAGAAUCAUCUCACAUAUCAAGGCAUCCAGGAGCCUCCACAUCAUGUGUCUGAUCCCUGUCUUCUGCUGGAUCACUGCUACAGUUCUGGAGCAUAUGAUGACCACAGAGCAGAGAGGAGAGCUGCCCAAGACCCUGACUGACAUGUACUCACACUUCCUGCUGGUUCAGACAAAGAGGAAGAAGAUCAAGUAUGAUCAGGGACAUGAGACAAAUUCACAUGAGCUGAUGGAGGCUGACAGGGAGGUUCUUCUGAAGCGGAGGCUGGCAUUUGAACAUCUAAAGAAUGGAAACAUCAUGUUCUACCAAGAAGACCUAGAGAGGUGUGGUCUGGAUGUCACAGAGGCCUCGGUGUACUCAGGAGUUUGUACAGAGGUCUUCAAACAAGAGUGUGUGAUCUUCCAGAAAAAAGUCUACUGCUUUGUUCAUCUGAGCGUUCAGGAGUUCCUGGCUGCAGUCUACACGUUGCAUUGUUACACAGACUGGAACAGAAAGGAACUGGCAUCUUUUCUCGGGCAAAAACACGUAGAUACAACCCUGGAUGUUCUCAUUAACGGAGCAACAUUAAAAUCUCUGCGAAGUAAAAAUGGCCACCUUGACCUGUUUGUUCGCUUCCUUCAUGGCCUGUCUCUGGAGUCUAACCAGAUACUCUUAGGAGGCCUUCUGGUUCGCACAGACAACAGUCCAGAAAUGAUCCAAAGAAUCAUCAACAACCUGAAGAAGAAGAAGACCACAAUUUCUCCUGACAGAAGCAUCAACAUUUUCAACUGUCUGAUGGAGAUGAACGACCUCUCAGUACAUCAAGAGAUCCAAGAGUUCCUGAAGUCAGAGAACAGAUCAGAGAAGAAACUCUCUGAAAUCCACUGCUCUGCUCUGGCCUACAUGCUGCAGAUGUCAGAGAAGGUAUUGGAUGAGUUUGACCUGCAGAAGUACAACACAACACAAGCGGGAUGGCUGAGACUGAUUCCAGCUGUGAGGAACUGCAAGAAGGCUGUGUAA